ACUGAGUGUCUGCAGGUGGUUUCAGGUAUCUCCACUGAGUGUCUGCAGGUGUUUUCAGGUAUCUCCAGUGUCUGCAGGUGGUUUCAGGUAUCUCCACUGAGUGUCUGCAGGUUGUUUCCUGGGUUUGUGUCCUGGAUGAUGUCACCUCCUCUGGUUAUAAAACGCUGUCGGUCUGCAAUGUGCCUCUCUGUGUGUUGGGAUCAUGUGAUCAGCUGAUGUUCUCAGGGUUUUUCCAUCUCAUUUCUUCAGUCAGCAGCAGCAGAGCUUCUCUGGCAGACGCACCAUGGAGCAGAAACUGGACCUUUCCCGUCUGACGGAUGAAGAAGCAAAACACGUCUGGGAGGUGAUCCAACGAGACUUCAACCUCCGCAAGAAGGAGGAGGAGAGACUCACUGAACUGAAGAAUUGUAUUGAUAAGGAGGACACCAAACGAGAGCUGCUGGGUUCUGAGAGGAAUGUCUCUGACUCGCUCUGCAUUCGCUGCCUGCAGCCCUUCAAGUUCCUGGUCAACAACAAGAGGCAGUGUUUGGACUGCCGCAUGUUCACCUGCAAGUCCUGCAGCCGCUACAACAAGAAGGAGCACGGCUGGGUGUGUGACAACUGCCGCAUGACCAGGGUGUUGAAGAUUGGGAGUCUGGGUUGGUACCAUGACAACGUUAGAAACCGAUUUAAACGUUUUGGGAGUGCAAAGGUGAUGAGGUCGCUGUACAAGCGUUUGAAUGGAGAUGGUGGUCGCGAUGACGACACGCAGAGUAUGCCGGAUGCUCGAAGCCAUGGCUACAACGGUACUGAGGAUGAUCCUGGAGAGGCUGAGGCUCAGCGCUACAAAGUGAUGAGGAAGAAUAAACGUCUGCUGUCGGUUCAUCCCAUGGACUUUGACUCAGAGGAUUACCUUCCUCAUUCACGGCGGCCUUCUGUGCAGAUGCAGGAUGAGCGGUAUUACAAGAACGAGGUGGACUAUGACUAUCACAACCACCGAGGGAACCGUAGAGAGAGUCUGGACCGCUACGCCAUGAGACCCGAUGACUUUGCAGAGAACCGGAUGGUCCGGACCCGCUCUCUGUCCAAGAUCAGCUCCUCGGUGGCUAGGCAGCAAUAUGUCGACACCUCAGACGAAGAAGAGUACCACCGGUAUCCCCCCAUUCACCAGCAACCCCAUCACCGCCGAAAGAACAGUAGAGCGUCGUCACAGGAGAACCUGGGCCAAGCCCCCCCUAUCAACGAACUGAACAAGCGGAUGUCAGCCAUUGAGAGCCUGCUGAGCCGUCUGGAGGAGAAGAUGAUUCCUGCUGAUGAGCAGGCGUUGACUCCAUCAGCUCAGAAUGAGGAGGAGAAGCUGAGGAGGAAGCUGAGUGAGCUGGCGGGGAACCUGAGCGAUAAAGGUCUGUCGUCAGAUGAUGACGCUGGGAAAAAGCCUUUUUCUAGAAGUAAAGGUUCGUCUGGCAUCAGGGUUGGACCAGUGGCCCCUCUGGAUCCUCUGAAGGACAAGGAGCUGAGCUCGUCCAGUGAUGAAAUGCCAACGCAGGCUCAAAAGAGAUCCACUGCUGCUGCCCUCUGUGACCUCACCACUGAGGUCCUGAGAACCAUUAACGCCACAGAAAACGCAAUGGUCGAGUACGGCCUUGCAGAGCCGAUCGACAGGUCCCCCUUAGUUGGCAGUGAUGUAAAGCAGGCCGAUGAUGCUUUCAGGGAACUUGAGGAACAUGUGUACAUCACGGCUGGUCAGUCGUAUCAGCUGGAGACGAAGCUGCGGCGACUUGAGCAAAGCUCCAAGAACCGCUUUGUAGGGACGACGGACUCUGAGCUGUCGGAGCUGGAGGACGUGGUGGCGCUGACUGCUGCCAGAGUGCAGAGCGCUGAAAGCGAGGUGUCGGACAUCGAGAGUAAAAUCGCAGCUCUGAGUGCCAAGAAGAAGGUUUCUGGAUCUCAUCAGAAGAAAAGGACCGCCUCAGAUCUACACAAGAGUAACGGUACUCCAUGGAGAUCCAGCAACAUGUUCUGAUCCAGAUCCAGGCUGUACGUUCCUUCUCUUCCUCCUGUUCUUCAGCCUCCUUCAUUAAUGUUCACGGACCAGAACCAGGGCACACGACAGAUCAGAGGAACGGUUUAGAGAAGAAUUUCUGCUGGAUCUUAGACACCAAAACCUGCAGAUGGAGUUUCAAUCUGAAGAUCAAGCCUGUUGGUUGGUUUAUUAUGUUCCUCACAUCAAAACUUGAAGAACCUGCUGAAACCCAGAUUCUCUAUGAUGAAACCACCUGAAAUAGAGAAAGUCCAACAGUCAGAGAAAACAGACCAGAAAGAGUUGACAAGAAAAUCCCAGAGAAGCUCCUACCUUCUGAAAGCAGAACGAGCCAUCCGUCUGUCUGCAUCUGAUUGGUUCUGAGUCAAUACCAACAAUAAGAUCCAGCUGUUGAGUUAAACCUUUAAACCUGAUCGCAUUAAUACCGCUACAGAGCUGUGAAAAGUAUUUACCCCCUUACAGAUCCCUACUGUCUUUACUUUUUGAAUGAUCCAGAACAUCAAACUCAUGUUAACAUCAAACAAAGAUAAACUGCAAAAACAAAAGCUGUUUUUAAGUCAGAAUUUCAGUUAUUAAUCUGUCUAAACCAUCCUGACCUGAAAGAUCUGAAGAGGUCCAAGGCCAGAACCACUGCUGACCCAAUAGAACACAAAGACCCGUCUCACAUUUACCAGAAAACAUCUUGAUGAUCCUGAAGACUUUAGAGACAAUAUUCUGGUGAUUCUGUUGACUGACGAGACAAAAGUGGACAUUUCUGGAGGGUGUGGGUCCUGUUAAAGCUUGUGUAAAACUAACACAGUGUUUCAGAACCAGAACAUCUUACUUACGGUCAAGUCAAGUUUAUUUAUAUAGAGCUUUUCAGCAACAAGGCACUCAAAGUCAAACAUGGUGGAGGUAGUGUGAUGGUCUGGGCCUUUGGGGCGACGCUAAAGUUAGUCAAAAAUUGAUAGCAAUAUUUUUAGUUAUUUAGCCUGUCGUAAGAGAAAACAAAUGGGGGUUAAUUUUUCAAAGUCAUAUUUUCACAAAGUCAUUCAAUCUGUUGUAAAUAUGAAUCUGAGAAUAUUAUUUAAUAUUAUUUUACCAAAUAAUAUUCCGGUCUGUUAAGGAUUGUCCUGUGAAUACCAGCCCAGUAAGGUGAUGGUAUUAGGACAAAAUAGAAAGG